CUCCCAGACCAAUGAUACGCAGGAUUAAUCCAACGUGGUGAGCUUUCAUCUCGGCUAGAAGUAGACGCGUGAGUGUCGACGGGGAAGCAGCAGCUUAGAUUGAGAAGACUGUGGCUGUUAUUCGAUAAUGGAAGGAGACCACAGUGAAACCAGAGGUAAAGUGGGGGAUCAGGUUAUGCAGAACCCCCAGGCUUUGGCGGCGCUUCAAGACCGCCUCGACAACGUGUCACACACCCCUUCCACCAUUGAGAGCUUGCCCAAGUCAGUGAAGAGAAGAGUGAAUGCCUUAAAGCAGGUGCAGGUCCGCUGCGCACACCUAGAAGCCAAAUUCUACGAGGAGGUGCAUGAGCUGGAGAGAAAGUACGCCGCCCUCUACCAGCCGCUGUUUGAUAAGAGAAAGGAUGUGGUCUCGGGUGCAGUGGAGCCCACAGAUGAGGAGUGCGAGUGGCACAGUGACAGAGAGGAGGGGGAGGAGCUUGCAGACGAGCUGAAGAAAAAAGCCACAAUCGAGGAGAAGAAAGAGGAGCCAGCGGCAGAAGAGGACCCCAAGGGAAUCCCGGAGUUCUGGCUCACAAUCUUCAGGAAUGUAGACAUGCUUAGUGACCUGCUGCAGGAGCAUGAUGAGCCAAUCCUGAAGCACUUGCAAGAUAUCAAAGUGAAGUUUUCAGAGCCAGACCAGCCCAUGAGUUUUACAUUAGAGUUCCACUUUGAAACAAACAACUUCUUCAAAAACACCGUCCUGACGAAGGUUUACAAGAUGAAGUCUGAGCCUGACUCUGCUGACCCCUUCUCCUUCGAGGGCCCGGAGAUUGUGGACUGUGAAGGCUGUGACAUCGACUGGCACAAAGGGAAGGACGUUACGGUCAAGACCAUCAAGAAGAAGCAGAAACACAAGGGCCGUGGCACAGUGAGGACCAUCACCAAGCAAGUGCCCAAUGACUCCUUCUUCAACUUCUUCAACCCCAUCAAAGUUUCAUCUGAUGGAGAGAUGGAUGAGGACUCUGAGCUGACAUUAGCCACUGAUUUUGAGAUUGGCCACUUCUUCCGUGAGCGAGUGGUCCCCAGAGCUGUGCUGUACUUCACUGGGGAGGCCCUGGAGGACGAUGACAGCUUUGAAGAAGAGGAACUGGAAGAAGGGGAGGAAGAGGACAAUGAUGAGGAUGGUGAUGAAGAGGAGGGAGAUGAUGACCCCAAGGCAUAAAUCAUUCCCACCCCAUGCAUUUAUAGAAAGAAGAGCCCCAGCCAGCAGAGUGCAAGCAGCAGUAACAUGGGGAGCCCUCCACCACAAACUCCGAGACCCCAACAGCGACCAGACCAGCCUGCGGAGAGCCACUGCUCUCUCCUACAUGACUCUAACUGUUCCAACUGCAUGACCGCCACACCCUCUGUUCUUAUACUCCCCUUGUACAGCAAAGUUAAACCCUCACUCAAAAAUAAAAUAUAACCGUUACAUUUGACAUUGUAAAUAUAACUAUAAACAGAUUUAUCGUAACGCAAAACGGGAUGUAAUACACGCACCCCCUCGGGCCACUGUGUUCAGAGUUAAACUGCCGAGAACAAGCCGCCUCUUCCGGAAAGCUCUCUGUCACCACCACAUUCCAGAGGCCAAUGCAAAUCCAACACAGAGUGAGUCCAGCGUUCCACUUGACAUCAGGUUUCUCAGGGUUUUUUAUGCCAAGAAAAUAAUGCGUGGAAGUCCAGCACGGAACUGUUGAAAAGAACUUUGGGGGUUGCCUUCUUAGGUUUUCUUUUAUUUUAAAUGGAAAGAAAGUUAAGCUUUUUCAAACUUUUCUCUUAUUCAGAAGUUAUUUAUAUUAGGUUUGUUCUAGUUAAUUUUUUAUCUGGUUUGAACUAUGUAUUGGACUGUACUCUGUGUUACGGAGAUGAGUAACAGUCUCUGCUGUAAGAUCUAUACUGUGUGGAGGGGGGGGCGGAGGGUUAGCCUCUGGGAAGCCUCCCGCCUGCUGUCUACUGCCCAAGCGCUUGCUAGCGAAUUCAAAGUUUAUUGCCAAAUUUCUUUUUACUAGUGCUCUGUGUGGUGCUUUACUUUUACAUGUGGAAGAGGAGUUGUCAUGUGUGAAACACAAAGUAGAAAUGAAAUGUCACUCUUAAAAUUAAAAGUGAAACUGAAAUCA